AUGCCUCUGUAUGACAGGAUCGUACUGUAUCUGGAGAGGGCCGGUUUGUACCACCUGGCGAGGCUCAACACCAGGUGGUUCUGGUUGAACGAGCCUUUAGUCAGCGCUUUCAUUGAGAGGUGGCGUCCUGAGACGCAUACCUUUCAUAUGCCCUUUGGAGAGUGCACUAUCACGCUGCAGGAUGUAGCAUACCAGUUGGGGCUGCUCGUGGAUGGUUUACUUAUAUCCGGAUGCCUUACAGAUUUUGAGAAGUUUAUGGAAGAAGACAAAUCGGCAUGGAAGUGGUUUCAGGAACUGUUUGGCGAGCUUCCACCAGAGAAUAAGGUCAAGCAGUAUAUAGUCCACUUCACCUGGUUUCAUGAGAGGUUCAGGGUGCUGUCAGAUGAUGCUAUGGAGGAGACCGUACGCAUAUAUGCACGGGCUUAUAUUAUGAUGCUGCUUUCCACUCAGUUGUUCAGUGACAAAAGUGGAAACCGGGUUCAUAUACGGUGGUUGCCCUUUGUGGCGAGGCUUGAUGAUAUGGGCAGCUAUAGCUGGGGGUCGGCAGCGUUGGCCUGGCUAUAUCGUUAUAUGUGUCGGGUGGCCAACAGAAAUGUGACGAACUUGGCAGGCCUCCUGCAGCUGCUGCAGUCAUGGAUUUUCUGGCAGUUUCCUAGCCUCAAGCCGCGGGGAUUCGACACAUAUUCCUUCCCAUUGGCUUCCAGGUGGGCCACCUACUUGCCGACAUCUGACCGCAAGGAGGAGAGAGUCGUCCAGUAUCGCCUAGCGUUGGACCGAUUAGGCAAUUGA